AUGGAGCCCGAAUCCGUCCUUCACCAGCAGCUACCCUCUGCAUACAGAACCCUACAACCCCAAGCCGCUCAGGCGAUACAGCACGGCCACGGUCAUGGUCACGGUCAUAACCAUGGCCAGCCACACCUCGCGCAUCAUGGCAUGGGCUCCCAACCCGGCCUUGACCUGACUGGUCUCGACGAUAACGACCCUGUGUUCCACCAGGACCUCCGUCUGCAAGACCCGAACGGCCAUGCUUUCCAAACCCCGAAUCCCUUCGAACGCAGCAAUAUUGGUGGUCAUCGGCCUAUGCCUAUUCAGAACAACGGGAGCCCUCAUACCCCGCAGCAGCAGCACAGCAAUGGCGGCCAGUUUGGCAUCUUGACUACAAACCCCAUCCAGCACAACUCGAUUGGCCGGCUACAACAAGAGGAGGAUCUCUUUGGUUCUCCAGAUGGUGCGGAUCAGAAGAGCAAUGGCCAUCUGAGUACCAAGAUCGUUGUUGACCCUCCCAAUCUUGCGGAGUGGCGCCAGAAGCUGUUCAACGUCGAUGAGAUGAUCACUUUGAGCGAAGAAGAAUUUGAAACCUACUUCCCUCACGUUGAUAAUGUAUAUUCACAUCGUUCGACUCAGCGAUAUAAGCGGAAGCCUUUUGUUUCUCAUUACUGGGACUGCCGGUUGAAAGGGCGACCUCCGGGAACGCCAAAAUCAGAUGAUCCCAAUAAAAAGAAGCGUAAGCGUACCGCGCGAGAGCGCGAUCUCUGCGAUGUCAAAAUAAAGAUCACGGAAUACUUCCCAGGUGCUAUGCUACGUUCGGGUUUCGAGCCAGAUGGGGGACCUGUCCAACUGCCCGAUCCUUCUCAGGGAAACAACUUUUUUGCGCCCGGACAGCCAGGUGCACAGCCAAUGCAGCAACAGCAGCAAUUUGGAAUGUCGAUGGUCAAUUCAGUUAUCCCUCCAAAUCAUCCCGGCGCUGCAGGUCAACGGUACUACACAAUACAGCGUGUUAAUGGGAAUGGUGGUAAUGGCAAAGGCGAUGGUAUUCCAGGUCCACAUAAGCAUGCCUUGAGUGAGAGUGACCGUGUCAAAAAGAAUAGUGUACAAAGACACGUCUUAAAGCAGGAUAAAGAAGACAAGAAAACCCAAAAAACUUAUCAUAAGAAAGCAAGUGGCAAUGCCCUGGUGACGGUUAGGAAACGUUCUAAAGACCAUGAACUGAAACUGUUUGGUAGCUGUUUUUGUCCUUUCGUUCAACGCGUCUGGGUCGCCUUGGAGGCGAAAGGACUGCAGUACCAAUACGUUGAAGUUGACCCAUACAAAAAGCCCCAAGCUCUGUUGGAUGUCAAUCCUCGAGGUUUAGUUCCCGGAAUUCGCCAUGGUGAUUGGGGUUGCGGAGAGAGCACAGUCUUGAUGGAAUAUUUGGAAGAUCUCGGUGCAGGCCAACCACUUCUUCCACAAGGUAAUCCACAGCUCCGGGCAACUUGCCGACUUUGGACUGAUCAUAUCAAUCGACAAAUUGUCCCAGCCUUCUACCAACUGCUCCAGGCCCAAGAAUUCCAAAAGCAAGCUGAGCACACUAAGAAGCUGCAAGACAAGAUCCAGGAGAUCGUCGAAGUCUGUGAUCAGCACGGCCCUUACUUCCUUGGUCCGCAUCUGUCUUUUGUUGAUAUUCAGUUUGCGCCAUGGAUGAUUCGGCUAUCCAGGGUCAUGAAGCAUUACCGAGGCUGGCCUGACCCAACUCCUGGAAGUAGGUGGGGACGUUGGAUGGAUGCUGUUGAAAAUGAUGAGCACGUCAAGAAUACGACGAGUUUAGAUGACCUUUACAUUGAGAGCUAUGAGCGAUAUGCGCAGAACCGUCCAAACACUUCUCAGCUUGCAGAUGCCGUGAAUUCGGGCUACAGUUUGCCAUGA